AUGGACGUUCCGGAAGAUAUUUCGAUGAUCCCACCGCAUCAAUGCUCUAGUGUAGAAACAGACAGAAGUAGGUCAAGAACACCUGUGCGACCUAGGAGUAGUACAGUAACUGAUUUUGAAAAGGGCGAUGGUGCUGGAAUCAGUACAAACAACGUGGUGAAGGAGAAUCAACCUUGCACAGUCCUCCAAGAAUGUGUGAUGUCCGACUCUUCGGUUUCCAGCAUGAGGACAGCCCGUUCUGUUUCUAAGCAAUCGAAACAGGGCAAGCUAUGGCGAAAAAGAUCUCGCCAGAAUGGUGUCUCCGGGUCUGAAUCGUCGGGGAGCGAACGCUCAUACCACAGCGGCCGUUCAGGAACGCCAAAUAAAAAAGGACGCGGGCGUCCACCCUGGCAAGCCGGGCACGACAUCAGUUUAGCGCAUGCUAAGGCUGAACUGGUAAGGGCAGAACGUGUGGAAAAAGAGUUGAGGGCAGAACAAGAAAUGCUCGCCCCUAUACAGGAGGCUCGAGCUGCCAGUUCCCGCUCCCAAAUGUCAGUACUGCCAGCAAUCAAUACGGAUAAUGCCGAGACAGCAGCCAUGUUAGUGUCCCGCGUAAUGUCUAGCGUCGCUUCGAUCGAGAAAGUCGCAGCCACCUCUGGCAGACUUAAGGGCACAUAUGUGAAGGCACUGAAGGAGGCAGCAGCAACGAUUAAGGAAGACGCGAAAAUACUCGCGAUACGCAGCACUACUGAAGAGACACAGUCAUUACAAAAAGAGAAUGUUCAACUCAGAGCAGAAAUGGCGGAGCUGCGAAAGGAACUGUCAGAGAUAAAAGCAGCUCUGUGGCAGCGAAAGGAGACUCCCACAUCCAGCCAGGGAGUCACUGAAGGAAUAGUCACUCCGGCAAUGCUGGAAGAGUACGAGGCACGUAUUAUGAGCAAUUGGAGCGCCAGGCUCAAUGCCCGCAUUGAGGGUUUGGAACCGAGACUCAAUCUGGCUCCUCGGUUACGUCCUCCGUUGGCUCAUGAAAAAACUUGCGAUGAAGUGGCAUUGCAAUCAAUUGUGACUUCCGCUGAGGUCCUUAAGACCAAGGCUAAGCAGAAGCCCCAAACCACCCGGGUUGACCCUGAGAGAGAUGCGUCACCUACUAUCGAUACUGGAGGAACCACUAAGAAAAAAGAGAAAGGUACUCGGAGGAGAAAACAAAAAAGAGGCCGGAAAGCAGCGGCUUCACGUUCUACUACUCGGGAGUCACGUAAGCUUCCUUGUGCCCCCGCUAACACGGACAAACAAUGGAGUACUGUUGCCAAGGGGGGUAAACACAAGGAGGUUACAGAUACACGACCCCUGAGGCAGGUGACAUCCCAAAAACGGCAGCAACAGCAGUCACCGAAAAUACCCUAG